UGGAGCCAAGGAAAGUCGUACUUGUGACCCAUAAGCAUCAUGACGAGGAAGGUGUCAACGCGAGAAAUAACCCAACAUGCCCAAGCGGAUGAUAUCUGGAUUGUGGUGAAUGGCAAGGUCUACGAUGUAACUACCUUCGCACCAGAGCAUCCUGGUGGUGCAGACGUCAUUUACCAUUUUGCUGGUCGGGAUGCGUCCGAAAAAUACAAUAGCACUCACUCCCCCGCAUUGAUCAAGGAUAUUGAUGACCGGAUCAUUGGGGAUCUGGAUACAGCAACUCUGACCAAAGAAUGGAGCCAAGCGGACGAAAUGCCCAAAUCGGCAAGGUCCGACUCGGAAGAUGAUCGGAAACCACCCCUUGAAGAGAUCCUCAACCUGGAUGAUUUCGAGCAGGUCGCGAGGAAGACGUUCAGUCCCAAGUCAUGGGCGUACAACAGCGGUGCGGCUAAUGACUGCUUUACACGAGAUGCCAACCGGGAAUUAUUUCGGAACAUCUGGCUACGACCGGCGAUCAUGCGGGAUGUAUCCGCAGUCAAAACGCAGUCGACGCUUUUUGGAUGCCAUCUCGACAUCCCGGUAUACAUCUCGCCCGUUGGUGCAGCCAAAACGAGCCACCAGGAAGGAGAGCUACCUCUUGCCAGAGCGGCUGCUGUGUCGGGGAUUAUACACUGCAUUUCUACCAUGUCGUCAUACUCUCUGGCAGAAAUCCUCGAGAAAACGCCUCAACAGGCAUUUUACCAGUUGUACAUAAACAAAGAUCGCUCCAAAACAGAAGGUCUGGUGCGACAAGCGGAAAGAACAGGGAAAGUGAAGGCCCUCUUUGUGACUGCAGAUCUACCAGUCAUGUCAAAACGCGAGGCGGAUGAACGAAUCAAACCUGAGGGGAGUACCACCAUGAUCAACGUGACGAAGGAUAUUAAGCCCACUGGCAAAAAGAAUGCCGGUCUUGCUAAAUCCAACAGUUCUUUCAUCGAUUCGACUCUGAACUGGGAGGACCUGCGCUGGCUGCGGAGUAUCUCUAACCUUCCUAUUGUACUCAAGGGUGUUCAACGUGCAGAGGACGCUCAGAUCGCGAUGCGAGUCGGAUUUGAUGGAAUCGUCAUCAGCAACCACGGCGGUCGAGGUGCUGAUACUGCACCACCGUCUAUUCUUAUUCUACUGGAAAUCCAUCGCUACUGUCCUGAGGUAUUUGGCAAAAUGAAGGUCCUUGUCGAUGGCGGUUUCCGCCGUGGCUCAGAUAUCGUGAAGGCCAUCUGCUUAGGGGCAUCGGCGGUAGGUCUGGGAAGACCAUUUGCCUUUGCUCUGAAUUACGGUCAAGAGGGAAUUGAACAUGCUGCGAGCUUGAUCAAAGAGGAAAUUGAAACAGCCACCCAAUUGGUUGGCAUGACAGAUUUGAUGCAGGAUGCAAGUCCAGUUUACAUCAAUACGGCUGGGAUAGACCCUCUACUGCCUCCAAAUUAUGGUCUUUCUAUCAGGGAUGCUAUUGGGCGAACGAACAAACUGUAA